ACUUCGGGGAAAGAGAAGAAGAGAGUCUCUUCAUACUCUGCUUUCCAUCUUCUCUUUCUCUUAGCAUUUAUCUUCCACUCUUAGUCUUACCCUAAUAUUGCUGAUACAGAAAUGGAAGCUGAUCAAUCACCUCAGAUCAAAGGUGUUGUUAUAAUCUCCCUUCCACCACCUGAUAACCCCUCUUUGGGCAAAACCAUCACUGCUAUUACUUUCUCUAACCCAUCUAUUCCUCCAUCUCAAGGUUCUCUGCAACCCCAUCUACAGCAAACACAUCACAAUGCCCAGAACAGUGAUCCUGUUCCUCAAUCCUACCCAUCAAAUCCUCAGCUUCAGUUUUCAUUCAGAAGACUCCUCCUUAGCACCCCAAUAGUCCUCUUUUCUUUCUUUGGUGUUCUUCUCUUUGCACUUUUUCUUUGUGGUUCUGUUUCUUUCAAUCCGCUUCAGGAACUUCGUGUUCCCAAGAAUGAUGAUGAAAGACCCAGUUCCUUCCUCUUCCCUUUGUUCCCCAAAUUUGGUAUUUUUGGACAGAAGGAUGUGAAGCUUAAACUAGGGAAGCUUGUUGAUGUUCAAAAAGAGAACGUUGUGACCCAAGGGAACACUGAUGUUGAUUCUAGAGAUAUAGCCGUUGACUCAUCCUCCAUUUUCCCAGUCAGUGGCAACAUUUAUCCAGAUGGGUUAUAUUUCACAUAUUUACUUGUUGGAAAUCCUCCAAAACGUUAUUUUCUUGACGUGGAUACAGGGAGUGACUUAACUUGGAUUCAAUGUGAUGCUCCAUGCAGAAGUUGUGCUAAGGGAGCACAUGUCCCCUACAAGCCAGCAAGAUCCAAUAUACUGCCAUCUGUGGACUAUCUCUGCUUGGAAGUUCAGAAAAAUCAGAAGAAUGUAUUUCAUGGAAGUUUCCAACAGUGUGACUAUGAAAUUCAAUAUGCGGAUCACAGUUCUUCCUUGGGGGUUCUUAUUAGAGAUGAGCUUUAUCUUAUGACUACUACUGGAUCCAAAACCGAGUUAAAUUUUGUUUUUGGGUGUGGAUAUGAUCAAGAGGGCUUACUUUUGAACACAUUGGCAAAAACAGAUGGAAUCAUGGGACUGAGCAGGGCAAAGGUCAGCCUACCUUUCCAGUUGGCAAGUAAAGGGCUUAUUAAGAACGUGGUUGGUCAUUGCCUAAGCAGUGAUGGAGUUGGUGGUGGAUACAUGUUCUUGGGUGAUGAUUUUGUGCCAUAUUGGGGUAUGACUUGGGUACCAAUGGCCUAUAGCCAUAUUACAGAUCUAUACCAAGCUGAGAUUGUUGGAAUAAAUUAUGGAAAUAGCCCCCUCAGUUUUGAUGGCCACAGCAAAGUAGGAAAGGUGGUUUUUGAUAGUGGCAGUUCUUAUACGUACUUUACAAAGGAGGCAUACUUGGAUCUUGUUGCUUCUCUUAAAAAAGUUUCUGGGUUGAGGCUAAUUCAAGAUGAUUCAGAUACAACUUUACCCAUUUGCUGGCAAGCUAAUUUCCCAAUCAGAUCUGUCAAAGAUGUCCAGGAUUUCUUCAAAACCUUAACUCUUAAGUUUGGAAGCAAGUGGUGGAUUUUGUCCACAUUAUUUCAGAUACCUCCAGAGGGUUACUUGAUCAUUAGUAACAAAGGCAACGUGUGCUUGGCUAUCCUUGACGGUAGCAAUGUAAACGAUGGAUCCUCAAUUAUACUUGGAGAUGUCUCAUUGAGGGGAUAUUUGGUUGUGUAUGACAAUGAAAACAUGAAAAUUGGUUGGGAGCGAGCAGUGUGUGGCAUGCCUAGCACAAGAUUGAGAAAGACUCACAAUUUCUCCACUGAUAGCAUGUUAUAAUUAUCUCUUAAAACUGUUCACAAGAAUUUAUCAAUUAUCAUACCUUGUAUAGUUGUAUUAUUUUUAUCUUUUACAUCCCAAACUCUAAGAUGCCAUACACGAGUUACAACACCCUAUGUAUAGGUAACACCCAAAAAUAUAGGUCCUUGGACGAACAAUUAUUAUAAUGAUGUGAAAUUUUUU